UCUAUCCCAUAGACUGAAACGGACUGAACUUUUUCUUUUCGUCUUCGAGAAAGUGAAAACUCUAAAUUUUCCCGAGAAAACCCUAACAAUUCCAAUGUGCUAUCGUAAUUGCCUUCUGCACUUCAAUGGGAUGUUUCUGCAGUGUGAUUCCGCGAUCUAAUUGGCGAUAACUAUCCAAUCUUCGGCAAUUAGUUUUUCUUGGUACUGAUUUCUUGUCUGCAUUUUCUUCACUUUGAUUCAGUUCUUCUUCUCUUUUUUUUUUUUCUGUAGUUGUUGAAGCUUUUCAAUUUGAAUUCUAGAGUUUGAAGUUAAAUUGAUAUUUUCUUCUUAUUUUGUUGUGGUAAAGAAAGUGGACACUAUUUACUUUAGCAAUCACAUUUUUGUGUUUUCAUUGUGUUCCUUUGCUAUAGAGUAAUAGAACUUGUGUUCUUGCUAGUGUGUCAAAGUGAUAUUUGCUGAGCUGGCAUCUUUGCUUAAUGUCAUUGUGAUGUGUAAAGAGUGUGUUACGAGUGGAAUUGGUGGGUAUUGUUUUUUGAUUAGUAUGGUGAAAGUGGAUGGAAUAACAACUUGGACAGAGAACACAGUGAGGAAUCAGGAAUGUUUAUGUCGCUUUAAGGAGGACGUACUUGAGAGCAUUUUGGAGAAACUCGUCAUCACCAGGAAAGCUUUCACUGUUGAUGAUUGAUUUGUAGUGCUCAGUUUGCUUGCACAUUCAGAACUGUAGAAGAAAUGGAGCACUAUGAUCUGCAAAGACAAAGAAGGGAUAUGAAAAACAAGGGAAGGAAUGUUGUGUGGUCAACUGCGAUGGACAAGUGUCUGAUUGAAGCCCUGGCGGCUCAGGCAAAAAAUGGAAACAAAAUUGACAAAUGUUUCAAUGAGAAUGCCUACACAGCUGCCUGUGUAGCGGUAAACACGUGCUUCAACUUGAAUUUGAAUAAUCAGAAAGUUAUCAACCGCUUGAAAACCAUUAAGAAAAGGUAUAAAGUAAUGAAAGACAUGCUGAGUCAGGAUGGUUUCUGGUGGGACCCAAAUACAAACAUGAUUGAGUGUGACAGUGACGAGCUCUGGAAGAACUACAUUGCUGCACAUCCCGAUGCAAGAGGAUUCCGUGGAAAACAGAUAGAGAUGUUUGAUGAACUUAAAAUUGUUUGUGGAAAUUAUCAAGCCCCUAGUCCUUGGACUAAGAUGAAGAGUGAAAGCCAUCUAAUGGACAUGAAGAAUUGUGACGAUCUAAUGGACAUGAAGAAUUGUGAGGACGAAUCGGCCUCCUUUGUUUCUCCCGGUUCAGAAGACAUGAGUGAGACAGACGGAACUGAAUCAUACACUGGAAAUCCAGAAUUUGGUCAGAUGCCAGAUGGUUUUCAAGAGCCUCCUCUUGUCCAGCCUGUAAGACAUCUUCCAAAACGGCCUCGUGCCUCAGAUUCUCUUCAGGAUGCAUUGAUGACAGUGGCAUCAAGCAUCCGACGUUUGGCUGAUGCUAUGGAGCAAAGCAAAUGCUCAUUUGAUGCAAGUGAGCUAUUGCAGGCUGUGAUGGAGAUAGAUGGUUUGGAAGAGGGUAAACAGAUGUAUGCAUUUGAAUAUUUAAAUGCUGAUCCUGUCAAAGCCAGAGCCUUCCUGACAUACAAUGCUAGGAUGAGAAAGACUUACCUGUUUAGACAGUUUUGGUGGUGGAGGUGAGGGUGAUCAUCAGUGCCUCGAAAGUUUUUGGUGUAUAGAUUAUCUGGGGAAUGGGGACUGUGUUUGACAUGUUUUCUGUUGUUUCGGCAAUUUUGUGUUGAUGUGUUAGGAUAAUUGAAUGUAUAGACUCUAAACAGUGAUAGGAGAUAACCAUAUGCCAUAGACAUUAGAAACAUUGUCUCUUCCAAGUAGCCAAGGUCAUUUAAAAGCAGGCAAAAAAGAUGAGCUGGGCGCACGGACGCACAUGUAAUAGGCAAUGGAAAAAUAUAGUGGCAUGGCUACUAUUAAAAUGAAGAAAAAAAUAGUUGGCUAUGAUCACAUAAAAAGGAUACGAUCGAUUGAUUCACCAGUAAUCCCCACUAGAACAGCUUCCUUUCUUAAAAUGGAGCCUACGUAAAUCACGCGCUAUAUAAU